UGGUUCAUUGUAAAUGUUCAGUCUCGUUAUGAUACAGAGCUGUCUUGUGGUCUGCAAGGCAGAGUUAUUUCAGAGAGCCUAUAUAAAGAAGGAGAUGUGAUAAUUGGUGGUCUGUUUCCAGUUCAUAAUGAGGCACCAGUACCUGACCAUGCUUUUACUCAAAUACAGAAUGGAUCUCGCUGUCAGAGUGUUGACCUUCGUUCAUACCGCUGGCUCAAAACUAUGCUUUUCACAGUGGAGGAGAUUAAUCGAGACCCCUUUCUGCUUCCGAACAUUAUUUUGGGGUACCUGGUAGCUGAUACGUGCCUAGCUGAGAGCACAACACUGAGUGCUGCUUUAGCAACAAUAACAGGGCAGGAGGAGACAGUGUCAGGCACAGAGUGUAAUGUGGCACCAAGGGUACCUGUCAUUGUUGGCGAUGCACGUUCCUCAGCCUCAAUAGGGGUGGCUGACACGCUGGGAGUAUUUGAUAUUCCCAUGGUGAGUUAUUUUGCAUCCUGUGCUUGUCUCAGUGACAAUCACAGAUUUCAUACUUUCCUACGCACUGUACCCAGUGAUGCCUUCCAGGCCAAGGCCAUGGCCCGUCUGCUUCACCUGCUAGACUGGACAUGGGUGGGGGUGGUCGCAGGAGAUGAUGAAUACGGUAAAAGUGGUGUGCAACUGCUCUUGAAAGAACUGGAACAUACAGGGGUUUGUGUGGACUACCUUGAAUUUAUUCCAAAAUCCCACUCACAGAGAAGAAUCAGACGGACUGUAGAGACAAUCCAGAGUUCCACAGCUCAUGUUGUGGUGACAUUCGCCAUUGCCCCUGAUAUAGAAGUUUUGUUCAAGGAAGUGGUGGUGCAGAAUGUGACCAAUAGGCAAUGGAUAGCCACAGAGGCCUGGAGUACCUCUGUUCAGUUCUUUGACCCAGCAAGCAUUCCUCUCUUAGCUGGUACAAUUGGAUUUGCCCUGCACAGAGCUGAUAUUCAGGGUCUUGGUGCUUAUCUUUCACAACUGAACCCUGCAAAACAGUCAAAUGAACCAUUCAUAAAAGAUGUAUGGGAAGAGAUUUUUGGGUGCUCUUUGGCACAGGAUUGGCAGCCUUCAUUUAAAAGGCCAAAGUGCACAGGGUCAGAGAACGUGGAAAUUCAUGGCGGCAUCUACACAGAUGUUUCACAGUUGAGAGUCACUUACAAUGUGUAUAAGGCUGUGUAUGCCAUUGCCCAUGCUAUUCACAACAUGAUUGCCUGCCAGCCUGGAAGAGGCCCAUUUGAAAAUGGACAAUGUGCUGAUAUGACCCAAAUAAAGCCUAGACAGCUUCUCCACUACCUAAAUGCAGUAAACUUUACAACACCAGUGGGUGAGCUGGUUUAUUUUGAAGAUAAUGGUGAGCCAUCUGCCUCUUAUGACAUUAUGAACUGGCAUGUAGAUGAAAGUGGAGCAGUGAAUUUUGUCCAGGUGGGACAGUUUAAUGCAGCCAAAGGACCAGGCCAGGAGCUGAACAUAAACCUUAGGAAAGUGGUUUGGGGAGGGGGCUGGGCUGACCAAGUUCCUGUGUCUGUGUGCAGUGUGAGCUGCCUUCCAGGCACAAGAAAGUCUGUACAAAAAGGAAAAGCCAUCUGCUGUUUUGACUGCCUCCCUUGUGCAGGAGGGGAAAUCAGUAACUUGACAGACUCUACAAAUUGUAUAAGAUGUCCAGAGACGUUCUGGUCAAAUGUUGAAAGAACAAAGUGUGUCCCAAAGAUUGUGGACUUUCUGUCCUUACAAGAUACCAUGGGGAUUGUACUGACAGUCUUAUCUGUCACUGGGGCUACACUGACUACAACUGUUCUGGCAACUUUUUUCCAUCAUCGUGACACACCUCUUGUGCGAGCUAACAACUCAGAGCUGAGCUUCAUGUUGUUGGUGUCGCUGACUCUCUGUUUCCUUUGUGCUCUAGUUUUUAUUGGCCGGCCUGCAACAUGGAACUGCAUGUUACGUCACACUUUGUUCGGAGUGAGUUUUGUUAUCUGCAUUGCCUGCAUCCUCAGUAAGACUGUGGUGGUGCUGGUAGCUUUUCGAGCCACUCUGCCUGGAUCUAACUUGAUGCACUAUUUUGGACCAAUCCAGCAAAGGGUAGGCAUACUCCUUUGCACAAUGGUUCAGGUUGUCAUAUGCUUGCUGUGGCUGCUGCUGGCUCCCCCUCUGCCCAAAGAGAGUGCAGGAGGGGAGUUUGGUGCUCGGAUGAUCCUGCAGUGCACAGUGGGAUCCGUUGUAGGGUUUGUACUAGUGUUAGGAUACAUUGGUUUGUUGGCAGUGGUCUGCUUUCUACUUGCUUUUUUUGCUAGAAAGCUUCCAGACAGUUUUAAUGAAGCUAAAUUCAUUACAUUCAGCAUGCUGAUUUUUUGUACUGUGUGGAUAGUGUUUGUGCCAGCAUAUGUCAGUUCACCAGGAAAGUACACUGUGGCUGUGGAAAUUUUUGCCAUUUUGGCUUCCAGCUAUGGUCUGCUUCUUUGUAUAUUCACCCCAAAAUGUUACAUUAUUCUGCUUAAACCUGAGAAAAAUACAAAAAAGAACAUGAUGGCCAAAUAA